GGGGUUUCUUUACUGCUCUAGUCUUAUGUGCAUGUGUAACUUCUAUUUCUGAACUAGAUGUAGAAGAAUUACUUGAAUUGCUGUCUGAAGUGUCUGAAUUAGAAGAAGCAUUUGUAGAAUAUUUGAUAUUAUUUUUCUUACUCUUAUUUUUGGAAACAUCGUCAUUUAAUCUUCUGAAUAGUAGAUAUGUUGAAGCUAGACCAGGUUUAGAUUCCAUUAAUUUAGAUAAAUUAUUUUUAGUAGAGCUGGCUUUGUUAAAAUCUUCAUUGAAUAAUGAGAUGCUUAUACCAUCUAUUACAAUUUUAGCAUGUGGAUAUGGGUUUUGGGAGAAUAUCCAAAGCUUAUUUUUGCUUCAUAUAUCUAUAACCAAUCUUGCCCCAACACUAGAUCGAAUAAUAGAUUUUUGUGAAUUUGAAAAUCAUCACCAACUAAACCUUCUAAUUCGUGAUCAGAUUCAAGCUUAUCGAAUAAGUACAAUGACUGAAAAUAAUAAUAUUGAAUUAGUGUUAAAGCAACAGAAUGUGAUUGAUUCAUGUUCAGAAUGUCCAAUUAUCACUUAUAAGAUUGCGAAAAAAUUGGGUUUCGAAAAAGAUAAAAGUUUACCCAUUACCGAUAAAGUGGUAUUUGAUAUUGUUAAGCAAGUAUCGAGUAAAAAAAUCCAGAUUUCUCUCUGCCAAUUACUGAAGAUAGUGAAACUUGAGAUUCAGCAGGAUAUUAUAAACUCGAUAGCAAACCCAGAUAUUUCUUGGAGAAAUUGUACACUAUUUGAGGCUAAAAGAAAAAAAACAAUUUUUAAUAAUAUUGCAUCUGAGUCCUCAUCUAAAUCUUCAUCCCUAUCUGAGUCUGGGUCCAACUCUGAAUGGAAUAAAAGCAAUUAG